AGAAAACUACAUCGUUUAAACUUUGCCGGGCCUCCGGAUAUAUCGACGGUGGUCUCGUGAAGUGUUAGCUAGCCAGGCUAGCGUUGACGCUUUAAUGAAAAACGUGCUCCGGUAUCGGCCACCGUCUGUUUAUAUUCCGACCCACUUAGCUAGCUCGCGCACAAGCCACAGCGCGUGACGCGUGAGCGUCCGACCCGGGGGCACGUGCGGCUGUCGCGGUGGUCUCUGGAGGGUGGCUCGUUCGCUCCCGCGCUGAUGGAGUACGUGCAGCCCCCCGCCACAGCCGCGCACGGCCACAUCCUUUGCUGCACAUGUGGCGUCCCCAUUCCACCAAAUCCAGCCAAUAUGUGCGUGUCCUGCCUGAGGACCCAGGUGGACAUCUCAGAGGGCAUCCCUAAGCAGGUGUCUGUGCACUUCUGCAAGCAGUGUGAACGAUACCUGCAGCCUCCGGGUACCUGGGUGCAGUGUUCUCUGGAGUCCCGCGAGCUGCUCGCGCUCUGCUUGAAGAAGCUCAAGGGCUCGAUGUCUAAGGUCCGCCUCAUAGACGCCGGCUUCCUAUGGACAGAGCCACACUCUAAAAGGAUCAAGAUGAAGCUGACCAUUCAGAAAGAGGUCAUGAACGGGGCAAUACUUCAGCAGGUGUUUGUGGUGGAGUUUGUUGUGCAGCCGCAGAUGUGCGACGACUGUCACCGAGUGGAGGCCAAGGACUACUGGAAGGCGGUAGUACAAGUCAGACAGAAGACUGUCCACAAGAAGACUUUCUUCUACCUGGAGCAGCUGAUUCUGAAACACAGGGUUCAUCAGAACACCCUUCGCAUCAAAGAGAUCCACGAGGGCAUUGACUUCUACUAUGGCUCCAAGCAGCAUGCCCAGAAGAUGGUGGAUUUCUUGCAGUGCACAGUACCCUGCAGAUCAAAGGCUUCACAACGCCUCAUCUCCCAUGACGUGCACUCGAACUCAUACAACUACAAAAGCACCUUUUCUGUUGAGAUCGUGCCCAUCUGCAAGGACAACGUGGUUUGCUUGUCUCCACGUUUGGCUCAGAGUCUGGGCAACAUGGGUCAGGUGUGUGUGUGCGUUCAGGUGACCAGUACCAUCCACCUCCUGGACCCGAACACCCUGCAGCUCGCCGAAGUGGAUGCCAACACUUACUGGCGCUACCCCUUCAACAGCCUCUGUAGUCCACGGCAACUGGACGAGUUCAUCGUCAUGGACAUCGACAUCAUCAGGGACCUGCGUUUAGGAGCAGGGGCUGGUCUGAGGUCCAAUCGGCACACCUUGGCAGAGGUGUGGGUUCAGAAGACCUCCGAGAUGGACACCAGUCAGCAGUAUCACUGCCGCACCUUCUUGGGUCACCUGCUCAACAUCGGAGACCUGGCGCUGGGCUAUGACUUUGCCAAUGCAAACAUCAACGACGAGUUUCUUAACAAGAUGAAUCCACACCACGUCCCUGAUGUGGUUUUGAUUAAGAAGAGCUAUGACAGGGCCAAGAGAAUAAAACGCAGGAACUGGAAGCUGAAGGAGCUGGCCAGAGACAAAGAGGGCCUGGACACAGAUGACGAAAGACAAUACCAGGACUUCUUGGAGGACCUGGAGGAAGACGAGGCACUGAGGAAGAAUGUCAACAUCUUCAGAGAUGCUUCCAAAAUCCCCGUGGAGAGCGACACGGACGACGAGGGCGUUCCGCGGGUCUCCCUGGCCGAGAUGCUGGAGGACCUGAGUCUCAGCGACGCCACCGGCGGAGAGGGGGCAGACAUGAUGACCGAUUAGCCAUACCGGCGCAAGCCCAGCGUGGGCACGCACCAGCUGUGCAGCUCUUCCGCUCGCCUGACUGGCCGAACUACCGAGCGUGUGCAGUGGAGAGAAGUGUGUGGCUCUUCUGACGCUCCUGACUCGGUUGUCGGCUUGGUGGGUAGCUGGUGAAACACAGUACACUGGUGCAAGUGCUGGCUUCUCUCUGCCUGAGCUAACGUAUUAGCUUCCGUUCCUAUAGACCAUACACACCCUGCAGAUCUAAUUUCAAAUACAUUUAUAUAACUGUACAACCAUCGUAAAUGAUCUAAUGUGAUUUGAAAUAUUCAUUGCAUUUUAUUGCAUCAAUUGCAUCUUCAUUGCAUUCAGUGCAUCUUUAUCCUGGUGAAAGACUGUCUGAAGUGGUUAGUGUGGUGGGUGCAAUAAACAUGAAUAUUCAAUCCAAA